AUGAAGUGUUUUCAAUACUUGUCUUGGUGUGUUAUUGUUGUUUGGCUUGUGCUGCCUUUUGGGCCAGUUAGAGGAGAUAGAGUGAGAUUGGAUGAAGAGCUUGCAAGAGUGAGUCAUGAACAAAAGGCAGACAGAAUUCAUAGGCUUCCUGGUCAACCCAAAGUCACCUUCAAGCAGUACUCAGGAUAUGUCACAGUCAAUCAAACUCAUGGAAGAGCUCUCUUCUAUUGGUUCUUUCAAGCCACACAUGAACCUACCAAACAGCCCCUACUUCUAUGGCUCAAUGGAGGUCCUGGGUGUUCAUCCAUUGGAUAUGGAUUAGCUGAAGAACUUGGGCCUUUUUUCCCUCAUAAAGGCAAUCCUGAAUGCCUCAAAUUUAACCCCUACACCUGGAACAAAGCUGCCAAUCUGUUGUUCCUAGAAUCUCCUGUUGGUGUAGGAUUUUCUUACACCAACACGAGCGGCGACCUUAAACAACUUGGAGACGCCAUUACAGCCAAGGAUUCGUAUAAGUUCCUUAUCAACUGGUUUCGAAGAUUCCCACAAUUCAAAUCCCAUGAUUUCUACAUUGCCGGAGAGAGCUAUGGAGGACACUAUGUUCCUCAGCUUGCUGAAGCCAUUUAUGAAAAUAACAAGAAAGUGAACAAGCACAAACAUAUAAAUCUCAAGGGUUUUAUGAUUGGAAAUGCAGCAGUGGAUGAUGAAACAGAUCAAAAAGGAAUGGUUGAUUACGCGUGGGAUCAUGCCGUAAUAUCAGACAGUUUAUACCAUGAGAUUCAGAGCAAUUGCAACUUCAGUAAUGUGUCUGAUACAUGCAAUGCCGCUCUUGAUAAGUACUUCAAGGUGUACGACAUUAUUGACAUGUACAGCUUGUAUGCUCCAACAUGUGUCCGUCCUAGUAGUAAUUCAUCAUCUGCUGCUGCUACUACUACCAGUCAUGUGAUUCAAGACCUUCCUCGUCAUUUGUCUUUCAGAUAUGGGAGGAGGCAUAGGAGACCUCUAGCAGGUUAUGACCCUUGUUUAGGAGACUACACUUAUGCUUACUUCAAUAGACCAGAUGUUCAGAAAGCACUGCACGCCAAUCUCACUAAAAUCCCUUAUGAAUGGUCGCACUGCAGUGGUGCUAUAUCUGGUUGGAAUGCAGCAACAUCAGUUCUUCCCACCAUUAAAAAGCUCAUGGCUGCUGGCCUCCGCGUAUGGAUCUUCAGUGGAGAUACUGAUGGAAGAGUCCCAGUAACCUCCACAAGAUAUGCUUUGAGAAAGCUUGCAUUGAAUAUUACUGAAGAUUGGACUCCCUGGUACACAUAUCAUCAACAGGUUGGAGGGUGGAGGACUAUUUAUGAUGGGCUUACAUUUGUGACGGUUCGAGGUGCUGGUCAUCAAGUCCCAACUUUCGCACCCAGGAAGUCUCUCCAAUUGAUCCGACAUUUUUUGGCCAACAAGAAGUUGCCAUCUAAACCAUUUUAA